CUUCCGCAGUCCCCCGGCGGUACGGCCCAGGCCUGCUCGGGGCGUGCGUCGGCUUGGCCGGCGGCCGAGGAAUUCUGGGUAACGACCGUGGCCGGCGGGGCGGCUGGCUCCGCCCAGCAGGUUCUACUCACGCCAGGGCAGUUGGCGGUGGCGGUUGUCGGGCCCGGACCAGCGGGACAUGGAGCAGCCGUGGCCGCCGCCGGGCCCCUGGAGCUUCCCGAGGACUGUCGGGGAGGCCGAGGAGGAGAGCGACUUGGACGUGUCCCCCUCUUCUUCCCACUACCCGCCGGUGCCUGGCGGCGGCGCCCAGAUGUAUAGCGAUGGGAUUGAGCUAGCUUGCCAAAAGCAGAAAGAAUUUGUGAAGAGUUCUGUGGCGUGCAAAUGGAAUCUUGCUGAAGCCCAGCAGAAACUUGGCAGCUUAGCACUGCAUAACUCUGAGUCCUUGGAUCAGGAACAUGCCAAAGCACAGACCGCAAUGUCAGAACUGAGGCAGCGGGAGGAAGAAUGGCGACAGAAGGAGGAAGCUCUGGUCCAGAGAGAGAGGAUGAGUCUCUGGAACAUGGAUGCUAUUAGCAAGGAUGUUUUUAAUAAGAGUUUUAUUAAUCAAGAUAAAAGAAAAACAGAAGAUGAAGAUAAAUCACAAUCAUUUAUGCAGAAAUAUGAGCAAAAAAUCCGACAUUUUGGUAUGUUGAGUCGGUGGGAUGAUAGUCAGAGAUUUCUGUCUGACCAUCCGUACAUUGUAUGUGAAGAAACUGCUAAAUAUCUUAUUUUAUGGUGUUUUCAUCUAGAAGCUGAGCAGAAAGGUGCUCUAAUGGAACAAAUAGCACAUCAGGCUGUGGUAAUGCAGUUUAUUAUGGAAAUGGCCAAAAACUGUAAUGUGGAUCCAAGAGGCUGUUUUCGUUUGUUUUUCCAGAAAGCCAAAGCAGAGGAAGAAGGUUAUUUUGAGGCAUUCAAAAAUGAACUUGAAGCUUUCAAGUCAAGAGUAAGACUUUAUGCUCAAUCACAAAGCUUUCAACCUGUAACAGUUCAGAAUCAUGUUCCCCAUUCUGGUGUUGGAUGCAUAGGCUCCUUAGAAUCCUUAUCACAGAGGAACCGAGAGCGUGAAGCCAGGUGCGCAGUUGAGUGUCCUGGUGUGAAUGAGGCUGCUUCUCAAGUGUUGUCCCUGUCCCUCUCUCCCCAGAAUCCAGAUUAUCUUCAGUAUUCUAUCAGUACACCUCUCUGCAGUGCCAACUCAGUGCUGCAUAAAGAAGAUGAAGAGAAAAUGAUGGACACUGUAUAACUCACUUAAGACUGCUGAGGCCAAGGACUAUUUUGUUACAAGAAAGGAAGAGCUUGGCUAUUUUCUUGACACUUUUAUGGGUGCUGCACUUUAUUUUUGUUCGGUUUUUGAUGGGAGGGCAAAGAGUACUGAAAUGUUUUGCAACUUUUUUUUAUGUGCUGCUAGGGUUUUUUGUUGUUUCGUUUUGUUUCUGAAGGGAGGAGUGGUACCAUGUGUUGCAGGAAGUCAAACUGGACUCUCCCCCACCCCUCAGUUACUAAAUUUGCCUUUAACUGUUCUUAAUUUUGAAUCAAAGUAUGAAAAUCUGCACAAUGCAAUGUUUACAAGGCUGGCCGACUGAGGAGGCAUCUGCUACAUGGUCUUUUUACCGUGGAUGUAUACAUGUCCUACUUCAUGGAAAGAAUUAAAGAUACAAAUGUGCUUAUGUCCCACCGCAAAGUUCAGCUGUCACAUCUGGUGUUCAUCACAUUAAAAGCAAUAAAUUAGUAGUGGUAACCUACUUUACUACUAAGUAAACUGGAUGGCACAAAUUAUUGUUUUAAGGUAAUAUUUACGUUUGUAUUUUCGGCACCACCAGUUAACUCCUUGACUAUAAAUUUGGUAUUAAAAACAUGACAUUUACCCCUCAAGUAGUCCAAAACUGUUCAGAAGUUGACUUUAUCCUGAUGACUGUUUAAAUAUUAAGGAGUGUAGCAUGUGUAAAAAGCGAUACAGUUUUCUGUUUUUCCAACAAGAUGAACUGCAAGCUUACUCUGAUUUCUUUACUUGACAUAGUCUGGGACCUCUCAGGGAGUAAGUUUUAAAAGAAUAAUAAGGGCCUGUAAGAACAAACAGGAAGAGUAAGGUCAUUGUUAAAUCACCGUUAUUGUGUGUUUCCGUCUGGUGAAGCCUUGAGAAAUGUUGUAGUGCUAAGCUGCCUCGAGCUGCCAACCAUGUCUAAGAACUUGAUAACAGUCACCCUCAGUGGUGAGGAUGGGUUUCACUCCAUCUGUUACUAGCUUCUAGCUCAGUAGUUACAAGAUGCUUCUGAGCUUUACUUCUUCCUAUGUAAGUCACUGCAGAUCCACCAGGAUAUUUGAUGAUUCUUUUUAUUUAGAAUUAGAUGACAGUGCCAAUUAUGAUAUCCUUAUUAUUUGAGGAUUAAUCUUCGGACUUACAGGAGCAUUAGCUUUGAUUAUUUUUGAGUGUAAUCUUUGGCUCAGUACCCACUUCAAUUCGUAGCAAAUAUUUGGAAAGUGGGUACCUGGGGUUGGGACUAUAGGUCUCAGUUUGAGUAAGAAAAUCAUGUUCAGCGGCCUGCAUGGGUCAGAGCUGUGACCUCGGCUUCAUCUGUCUUCUGUCAGCCAAGGGGGCUGAAGUAGGUGAUGGGUACCCAGUACUUGUGGAAAUGGACUGGAAUCAUUGAAUCAUACUCCUGUAAUGUCACAAUCUUCCUGGUUCCCAGAAUAAAAGUCUUUUUGUGCUUUUGAUAUAUAUAUACUCUAUAAUAAAAUGUUUGACUAAUUUAUAAGGUAGUGCUCA